AUGUCCGAGUCGACCAACACCCCGUCCGCACCUUCGCGAGGCAGCCGCGGGUCCCACAGUGGAACCCGCAGCAAGCUGAAGGCGUUGCGUGCGGAAGUCCGAGCAAAGCUCGCCGCAAGUCAAGAGCGGAUCAACAAAGCCCUCGAGGAAUCCAAGCAACUCGAGGCCGAACUGCUGGCAACGGUCGACGCCGCUCUGUCCGAGGCCAGCAGCUGCAGUCGGUCUUCUCGCACGAAGACCACCCGGACUGAGUCUUAUCACCGCGAGGACUCAGCCGGAGCCCUCACAGAGCAGGCGCCGUCCGACCGUGAGGUCGAACAGGCACCGCGCACUGAGCGGCUCGAGCCCAAUGUCGAGCCCGCUCAAAACCGCCCGGAGACCGACUCUCCACCUGCUUCGACCCAGCCGAUGAAGCUCGGCACCACUCUGAGGAGUGGUGAGCGCGCCGAGCUCGACAAAGUAGCCGUAGUCGAGCUCGUGCCUGGAUUGAACGAGCAGCGCCAGGAGCUGACUCGUAUCAGCACCCGGGAGGGCAUAGGCACACAGUACUACAGUAGUACUGUGUGCAGUGGGAACGAGCCCACGCGUGUAGAUACGCUCGUCGCGUGUUCAGAGAUGAGCCGCGACACAAAAUAUAUAUAUUCGUCGUCGAACGCCGUGCGCGCCACGACGAGCAGCCUGCUCGACGCGACGCGCGACGCGCUCAACGCUACAGGCGUCGAGCGCCACGAGUCUGUGUCAGUGGCGACCGACGACCUGGUACCUCCCGGUACCAGAUCGCCAAUUCCUCCCUCACCGGCUCCUCAACUCUCCCUUCUGGUCCCGCGCCUCGACUUGGGAGGUCCCCUCUUCGAGUCCGAUGACUCUGGCGACCGUCACAGCGGCUCUGGCGACACGCAACCCAGCCGCAUGACCCAGGACUUGAACGACACGCGUUCAAGUCCAACGCCGAGCCGCAAGACUGAGCGGACCAUGGACAACGCGGAGCAAGGAGAGUGGAAGGAGGACAGGGGGCAGAGGAGUAGCGAGGUUGAGGAAGGAACACAGGGACAGAGGGAGGAAGGGUGCGGGGCGAGCAGGAUGCACGAGCACGAAGGCUCGACAACCACAGGCACGUACUCACCGUACGUCCCUGCAUCGCCGCCUCCGCUUCCAGUGCCCGCGCCAGCACGCGUAACGACGGACGAGAGGUAUGACUGCGAAGUCGUACCAGAUGUUUCGCGGGAUAGCACGUCUGUGCUACGGGACGACCUCGCGGUCGUACCCUCCAAUCUCCGAGGCAGUACGCCCAGGAUACGGGACGACCUCGUGGUCGUACCGUCCAUCUCGCAAAGCGACACGGCGGACGCGCAGCAGUGCACGUCCGACGUGUCCCAUUCAUCCAUCACCGACCGAUGGAUAGCGAGUACGCCGAGAUUGAUGCUCGACGUACACGCUACCGACCAGCAUAAAGGGUCGAGAACUGAAGGUACGCCCCUGAUGGACGUACCCACCUCGAUACCUCCUACCUUGCCCGCAUCCGCACCAACAAGCGUAGCGACGAACGUUCAGUUCGUCGUACGCGUUGUUGGUCAUGAAGACGGUGCGUCUGCGCUACGGGACGACCCAACGGUCGUGCCUCCCAUUCUGCAAGGCAGAGCGCAUGCGGUAGGAGACGACCUUGCGGUUGUACCUCCUAAUUCGCGAGGCAGCACGACGGACCUGCAGCGAUGCAUGUCCGAAGUGCUCUACUCAGCUUCGACCGUCCAUUGUGCAGCGCACGUACCCGGUGGCUAUGACCACUGCGCGUCGACCGUCCCUGACCCUUCGUCUGGCAGGCCCAUCGCUCGACCAACUGCGACGCCACACGGCCUGCACGUCCUCACGGAAGUGCAGGCCCCCAGUUGCUCCGAUGUAGCUGAACCUCCUGAGGUUCAGCUGGCCAGGUCGUGGGACGACCUCGACGACAUCUCCAGCAGCCCCCAAUCGCGCGCAGCCGACCUCCGAGAAGACUUGCACUCCCAACCGGAAGUACAAGCCCCCGGUAGUUCCAAGACAGCUGAACAUCUCGCGGUUCAGCUGACAGGUCCACGAUACAACCCCGACCGACUCGACGAAGCGGCGGACCUCGGCCUCGACUUCGACCUCGACCUCUCCAGCAACAGCAUCCACCGCUCUCUCCGCGAUCUUGGUGCCCCGACGAGCGCGCUGCCCGACGAUCGCGUAUUCCCGAGCAACGCGCGAGCUCGAGAUCGCGACCCGACUACUGCACUACCAACAGUGCAGCGGCCGGCGCUUACGAACCCCGACCGACUAGAACGGCCUCCCGACCGUCAACCCGGCGAGAACUUCACAGUUCUCGUCGAUGGCUCGCUCCUAGGGACCCCCACCCAGCUUCAUACCGACCUCUCCGCGGCCCCCGAUAUCGUUGGCGACAAUGACAGGCACCGCAAGUCGGAGGUCGCCCGCGAACUCCGAAGAGCGCGUGAAGGACCGAAGGACGGUCAGGACGGGGACGAGGGCGAUGUGGGUGAGGGCGAGGAAUCACGAGAGGUAGAUGAGGAAGGUCAGGCAGAAGGAGGAGAGGGGGAAGGGUGCAGGGCAAGAAGAGAAGAUGAGCUCGUCGAGCGGGAUAGCUCGACGACAGGUACGUCUUCUUUAGACGUAUCUCUUCCUCCCCUACCACCAUCUCCUAUCCCACUACCACCACCUGUGACGACCACGACUACCAACACGGUUGUCGUGGCAGUUACCACGUACGAUGGUGGUACGGAUGGCCCAUGGAGCGACCUACAGGUCGCACCUGGCCUGGCAAUGCAUUGCGAUAUAGUUGGCGAGCGAGGUUGCUCGACCGACGUGCCCAACGGUUGUACAGCUCACGCGCAGACGUACUACUUCGCGAACGAAGUUUAUACCGAGGAGAUCGGCGAUGAGUCGAAAAGCGAGUACCUCACGGUACUCGUUCCGCCGUCACCACCUCCUGUGCCGAUACCACCACCGGUGACGACCACGACAACCACAUCGGUUGUCGUGGCAUUCACCAUGAAGGAUAGUGGUACCGCCGAUUCACGAGGCGAUCUACAGGUCGCGCCCAGCACGGACCAGCAUCGCAAUCACGACGCACAGAUGGUGAGCCCUACGCUCAACGGACGCGCCGCUGAUGUCACCGGCGACCAUACGUUCCACUCGCGACCUCCGUCAUCGGUCCCAUGCACUUCACUAGGGAAUGACCUCAAGGUCGUUCCCGAGAGUGCAUAUCGCGGUGCACUCGGACUGCAUGGUUGCAGUACCGAGGCACCCCUAACAUCCGCAUCCGACGCAGUACAGGCAUCGACCUCGUUGGUCGAUGCAAGUCAUGCAGAGGAUGUCACACGCGGACGCGACCCCUCCACUGCCAAGGGCGAGUACCAUGAGGUACUCGCCAACUCACCCUUCCUAGUCACAGUGUCGCCGCCCUCUCACGCAUCGAACACGACGGGCCCACCGAUCGUCGUGAACAAAUGUCAAGAGGGGAUGGCGUCCGAGCCCAAUUCCGUGGAUCGCGAACUGUCGACCGAGACGUCUACCACAGUAGACGUACGGCAGGCCGCACCUGAGUCCGAAGGGCGACCGUCGGGACGCUACGUGCUACCGGCACGUCGCGUUCAGCAAGACCGACGUGAGCUGGCUGUAUCCCUCGACAGCGAGCACCAGCCCAAGUACUGCGAAGUACCUGGAAUUGGAACACCUAGCGAGAACGAAUAUUUGUUCUCGCGGGUGCGCAGCACGGCAGGCACCUCGAGUGAGGUGCCCGCGUCGACUAGCACGACGACGACGUCGCCGCGUACCCGAUCAAGGAAGCGCUUCCGGGAACUGGUCGGAACGGAGGUGGGUGAAUGGCAACGUUCACCUACUACUAUCCAUGGCAUUGGGACCGAGUCGGGGCGAGUGCAGGGGAAAUCGUCAACCACUACGAAGUGGGAUGCUAUUCUGAGAGGGGAAGGGAGCGGGGCCUCGAGUGGCCGCCGCCUAUCUCACGCUACCACCAGUACAUCGCGUGAAGAGGUACUGGUCUCGGAUCCUGCAGUGACACGGACGCCAAGCAUCGAGCUUGACGUACGGGCCUCACGUCGAACAUCAAGGCAGGUACUACCUGUACCACGAGUGUCGAGCGAUCGACUCGACGUGCAGCAUACUAGUGAUCAUCGCAGCCACGACAUCACCUUGGAAGCCAGUACCUCGCGCCGCGAAGUACUGGGAUUGAACCGAGUACCGACUGCACGGGGUCACCCAGUGACUGUCGAUGUGAGUCAAUGGCCCAUGGAUAAGGCGUCGCGCGAGGAGUGCUUCACACUCCUUGCAGACCAACUCGACCUCGACCUCGAUGAGGCUGAUUUUGCGGCGAGUGUUGGCGAGUGGGACAUUUGGGCUCACUGCAAGAGGUCAGCACUUAGCUCUCGUCGAGCAUGGGACCACUUCCAGAGGGAGUUGGAAGUGGUUCCUCUCGAGUUCGAUCCUCUGCUGGUUGCACCAUUACCUAUGGAGAUGGUGCGAUAUUGGGCCUACAACAAGCUGGGAUGGCUUGUUGUACCACCUCGCAGUCAACCUCAGGAUGACUCCGACUGGUACAACUCCUCUGAUGAGGAGCCUCGUACCACAACUCGUGAGGAUUACUCUGACCAUGUUGAGUCAGAGUCUCUCUCCGAGUCCGAGCAUCAUAGCUCGUGGGAUUCUUCGAAUCCAGGUUCUGGGGCAAACUCAGUAGUAGUCUCUGACUACUACGAGCAGUCCGAGAUGGAGGAUACCUACAGUUCUUCUGCACUAUCUGCUGAAGACGAGGGUAACUCCGAAGAUGCAGACUAUUACUCGGAGUCCGAGUAG